UAUGACGUUUACCCACUCCCGGCAUGCACACUGGAAGUCCAAUUAUUGCUAAUGGCGGGUAUUUGUAUGAAACGAAGCUACGUAUUUUAAGCUAUUGUUGGCUAACUGUUUACAUUGAUAUAAAACAGUGGAUUUCAAAUUAAUAGUCGCUGUCUGCUUUGAAGCAACUCCGAGGAUAAACAAAGCGAAGGACUUGAAUUAGAGGACUACCGUUAUGGGACACCAACUGUAAUCAUCAUGUGCCUGCUGUCUGUUAACUAACGUUAACGAUAGUGAUACAAACUGAGCAGGAAGACAGCGUGUGUUUAGUUUAAUUAGUAGCGAUGUUAAUUCACCUUAACGUCUUUCUCAGAGCCACGACCCCGAAACUACCGCACACAUAACCUUAGCUAACUUAAUGGGACGGAGGAAGUUUAGCUAGUACAGUACAGAACCUUAGCGUUCAUUAAUUCGACCGUUAGGUUCGCUGACAAUAAAUUUACGCACGCUCAUGCAACGGAAAUGACUUCGUUAAAAUUAUCAGUGUUGGCAUUGGUAUUAUUUAUAAUCGUUAUUCAAGUUAACGGUUCCUCGAAACUAAAUAUUCCCAAAGUGUUGCUACCGCUUGCUAGAAGUACAAGAAUUAACUUCACAUUGGAAACUACUGAAGGUUGCUACAGAUGGUCUUCCACCAGACCAGAGGUAGCAAGCAUCCAGGCUGUGAAUGAGGAGAGCGGCAGAGGCUGCUCCCGGAAAGCUGUUCUCCAGGCUCUCUCCACCCAGCCCUCCAGACUGACCAGCAUCAUUCUGGCUGAAGAUGUUGUUACAGGACAGGUACUGCGUUGUGACGCCAUUGUCGACAUCGUCAGUGAGAUCCAGAUAGUGUCGACCACCAGAGAGCUACAUCUUGAGGACUCACCACUGGCACUCAAAAUUCAUGCACUGGACUCUGAAGGAAACACCUUCAGCACCCUUGCAGGUCUAGUGUUUGACUGGACCUUAGUGAAAGAUGUAGAUGUGAAUGGAUUCUCUGACUCUUACAAUUCCUUACGGGUACUAAAAUUUUCAGAGUCCACCUACACACCCCCUGGAUACAUAUCUGAAAUGGAACGCGUUGGGAAACAAGGCGAUAUUAUUUUGGUGUCAGGACUGAAAACAGGACAUGCUAAAUUAAAGGCCAAAAUACAAGAGUCAUUGUAUAAGGAUGUGGGUGCUGCAGAAGUAAGACUGCUGAUUUUAGAGAACAUCCUGCUGAGUCCUGCACAUGACGUCUACUUGCUGGCGGGAACUUCCAUCCAAUACAAAGUCCUGAAGAUAAGACAGGGCUCGAUCACAGAGCUCUCAAUGCCUUGUGAUCAGUAUCAACUGCACCUUCAGAACAGUGUGAUUGGCACUAAUGGAAACCCAAAUGUUGCUGUGGCCAGUCUGGAUCAAAGCACUUCCAGAGUUACAGCAACUCAACUUGGACACAUCAAUGUGGUGCUGGAUCAUAAGAGCCUUCGAAUGCAAGGAGUAUCUCGCCUACCCAACAGCACCCUGUAUGUGGUUGAACCAGGCUACCUAGGUUUUAAAAUUCAUCCAGGAGACAGCUGGGUUCUCGAAACAGGCAGAGUAUAUGACAUCCUCAUCGAAGUCUUUGAUAAAUCCAGCAACAAAAUUUACCUCUCUGAUAAUGUCCGUAUUGGCACUGUUUUCCCCCUGGAGUACUUUGAACUCCUGGAGUCUUCUCUGAAUGGAUCAUAUCAUCGUGUCAAAGCGCUCAAAGAAGGCUUAACUCUCAUUGAUGCAACCCUGAGAGCUGUUGUGGAUGAAACUGGAAGGGUCCAUGCACUCGCCAACCCAGUCCACAAUGAACAGGAUGUAGAAAUCUAUAACCCUAUAGUUCUCAGUCCCAGUAUUCUGACAUUUCCAUGGCAGCCCAAGGUUGGAGCUUAUCAGUACACAAUAAAGGCGACAGGAGGGAGUGGAAAUUUCAGCUGGUCUUCCUCCAACACAGCUGUGGCCACAGUGACUGUGAAAGGAGUGAUGACAACAGUCAGUGACAUUGGCGUCAGUGUAGUUUAUGCUCAUGAUCUACGCAACCCACUACACUUUGGCCAGAUGAAGGUGUAUGUUGUUGAGCCUGUGGCCAUGGACUUUGCUCCUUGCCCAGUAGAGGCCAGGGUGGGCCUGGUUCUGGAUCUGCCCCUCAGGAUUUUUGGCCUCCUGGAGGAGGUGGAGAAACAGCGGGUCAUGCUGAGUGACUGCUCCCACUUUGACCUGCAGGUUGAGCAGGAGAACCAUGGCGUCUUCCAGAUACUAGACGAGAGGCUGGUUCCAGGCCAGAAGCACUGCAGUGGGGUGAAAGCCAAGGCCCUGGCCACUGGGUACACCAUACUUACUGUGAGCUACACCCACGGCAACGUUCACCUCAGUGCCAAGAUCACCAUUGCUGCCUAUCUUCCUCUCAGAGCGAUUGACCCUGUAUCUGUGGCUGUGGUGACUCUGGGAUCAUCUAAAGACAUGUUGUUUGAGGGCGGGCCACGACCUUGGGUUUUAGAGCCCUCAAAGUUCUUCUGCAACUUGAGCGCUGAGGAUGAGGCCAGUGUUCGCCUUACGCUGACCAGUCCCUCAUCUCACAACUAUAACCAGCACUGGGUCAGAGCAACCUGCAGGGCCCUGGGAGAGCAGGUGCUGGAGGUGAUGGUCGGUAACAAGGCCAGUGUGACCAAUCCUUAUCCUGCUGUGGAGCCGGCAGUGGUCAAGUUUGUAUGUGCCCCUCCAUCUCGCCUCACCCUGGUCCCAGUGUAUACCAGCCCACAGCUGGACCUGACCUGCCCGCUGCUGCAGCAGAACAAACAAGUGGUACCUGUUUCAAAUUACCGCAAUCCCAUUUUGGAUUUGGCUGCUUUUGAUCAACAAGGAAGGAGGUUUGACAACUUCAGCUCUCUGAGCAUAUUGUGGGAAUCGACCAUGGUGUCGCUGGCCAGUAUUGAACCCACUAUGCCCAUGGAGCUACAACUGUUCGAGGAUGGCAACAAGCAGAUGAAACUUCACGGACGGCAGACAGUUCUUGUCCAUCAUCAAACAGGCAUUGCUGCCAUCACAGUGACAGCUCUGGGUUACCAGGUUUUACAUCUCACUGCAGCCAACGUUCCCAGUCCAUAUGACCCCUUGACCCCUGUCUCAGCCACCUUGGAGCUGCUAUUGGUGGAAGAUGUGAAAGUUUCUCCUGACACAGUUACCAUAUACAACCACCCUGAUGUGCGGGAGAAUUUGGCCCUGCGAGAAGGUUCAGGCCACUUUUUUGUCAAUACCAGUGUUAAAGGGAUAGCGACCGUGGUAUUCCAGGAGGCCCAAGGAACAGCUCAGGUCUCUCCAGUCUACCCAGGGGAGGUGAAGGUGAUGGUUCAUGACCUUUGUCUGGCAUUUCCAGCCCCUGCCAAGGCCACUGUACACGUUUCUGACAUCCUGGAGGUUUAUGUGAGAGUGGUUGACAAGGUGGAGAUUGGCCAAUCUGUGAGAGCUUAUGUCAGAGUCUUGGAUGAUAAUAAGAAGCCCUUCCCAGCCAGCUAUUUUCAUUUCAUGAAUCUUAAACUCAAAGCAGCUUCUGCAAUCGUCUCUCUAAAACGAUUAGCGGAGUCCACAGAAAAAGAUACCGCUGUUUUCAUGGUGAAAGGUGCUUCUAUUGGUCAGACCACUCUCUCAGGUGUUGUUGUGGAUAAACAUGGGAAAAAAAUUUCAUCUGCACCUCAGCAAAUUGAGGUAUUUCCACCGUUCAAGCUCAUCCCAAGGAAAAUGACUCUGUUGAUUGGAGCAAUGAUGCAGAUCACAUCUGAGGGGGGCCCUCAGCCUCAGUCCAAUAUCCUUUUCUCUAUUUCCAAGGAGGAAAUAGCUUCUGUUAAUGGCAUGGGCCAUGUCAGGGGUGUUACCGUUGGUAAUGUCACUGUGACUGGACUGGUCCAAGCUGUUGAUGCCGAGACUGGGAAGCUAGUCGUUGUGUCUCAGGAUCAAGUAGAAAUUGAGGUUGUGCAAUUGACGGCCAUUCGAAUCAGAGCACCUAUCACAAGAAUGAAGACAAAGGCACAGAUGCCUGUAUAUGUGAUGGGUCUGACCAAUAGUCAAACACCCUUCUCCUUUGGCAAUGCUGUACCUGGCCUCACCUUCACGUGGUCCACCACCAAGAGAGACAUUCUGGAUGUCCAGCCAAGACACAUUGAGGCUAACAUGGAGAUCCAGUCAGAGCACAACUUUGGCAUGAGGGUGACUGGAAGAACGAGAGGGCGGACAGGGCUGAAGGUGGUGCUCAGAGUUACUGACCCCAAGGCUGGGCAGCUAGUGGGGAAUCUGCAGGAGCUCACGGAUGAGAUCCAGAUCCAGGUCUAUGACAAGCUGCAUAUGCUUAAUCCAGAAGUAGAGUCUGGGGAGUUACUGAUGGCUCCGAACUCAGCCCUCAAACUCCAAACUAGCAGGGAUGGUGUAGGUGCACUCUCUUAUCGAAUGCUGGAUUGCCCUGACCAGGUUGUUAUUGCUCAAGUGGAUGAUAAGGGCUUCCUCUUCUCUGGCUCCCUUACUGGCAUCUCCUCUCUGCUGAUCACCUCGCAAGAGACCUUUGGUGUCAAUCAAACUCUCAUCCUUGCUUUGAAGGUGGUACCUGUGUCCUAUGUGCGCUUCAGUACCAGUCCAGUUCUCUACAUGCACACCAAAGAGAGCCUGAAAGCCUUCCCUCUGGGCAUAGUGCUCACCUUCACUGUCCACUUUCAUGCCAGCACUGGAGAGGCCCUACACAGCUCCAACUCCCACCUUACGUUUUCCACAAACAGAGAUGACCUGGUGCAAGUGGGGAUUGGGCCUGGUAACCACACUCUGACAGUGAGGACCAUCAAUGUAGGCUUUACUCUUCUUGCAGUGUGGGACAGUGAAAACGUGGGUGUGGCGGACUAUGUUCCACUACCUGUCGAGCACGCCAUCCAUCCACAUGAAGCCCACAGACUGGUGGUGGGGGAUGUGGUCUGCUUCACUGCCCAGUUAACCAGCCCAGAUGGUGGUCAUGGUACUUGGAGCUCCUCAGCUAAUGGUGUUCUUCAGGUGGACUCUAAAAGUGGUGCAGCAGUAGCCAGAGACUCGGGCACAGUUACUGUGUACUACGAGAUACCUGGUGUUUUGAAAACGUACAGAGAGGUAGUAGUUGAAGCGCCUACAAAGACGGCUGCUAUGGCGCAGGCUACACCUGUCAGGAUCGCCAAGGAAACAAAGGUCCUACUCACUACCAGAGGGAAAGGAACCAACCUCAUUGGACCCUGUUCCUCUGCCCAGGCUGAAGCUAUUUCUCAGCUGCAGCCAGAAACCUCUGUCAGCUGCCAUCUCAGCUUCACCAGUGAUGCUAUUGACUUCCCUGCUAAUGAUGUCUUCAAAACCCACACCAGCUUUGACUCCAGCAUUGGCUCCUACACUUGCUCCAUAACCUUGCAGCCGACGACUGACCAACAGACCCGUGUGCUCAGCAUGUCCAUGACCAGCCUGCUGGUGAGGGCAGGCCUGGAGGGCAGUGCCUUCUCUGGGGAACAAGUCAGCACCAGUCUGCCCAUAGAGCCAGGCCUCUAUUCUGACCAGACUGAGCUGCUUCUCUCAAACCUGCACCCAUCAGCAGAACUCACCGUCUACAGCCCCACUGCUGCCCUGUCCAACAUGGAGGUGGUGUCUACUUCUCCCAACAUUGCCGUCCAAGAGAAUGAGGUUCACCAUGGUUUCCCUAGUUUCUCUAAGUACACCGUCAGCGCUGUGGACCCUCAGACAGCGGUCUCUGCUUCCAUUUCCAUAAGCAGCAGCUCCUGCGGCCAGAGUAUUGUCAUCCCAGUCACUUUAAUUCACGUGGCUGAUCCCAACGCCGCCAAGCUAGCAGCUGCUCCUCCAGUUGGUAACAUCGAGGGGGGGCACUCUCUGCACAGCUUCAUAAACUGCUACCAGAUGAUGUUCUUCACCCUGUUUGCUCUGCUGGCCGGUACAGCCAUCAUCAUCAUCGUCCUCCACACUGUGUUCAGCCCAAGGGAACAAGCUUAUCACCCUGCUUUCAUCCAGAGGACACCACCACCCAUUUCAGGUUUAGACUCUCCAGUAGGAAAUUCCUUUAACCGUACAAUACCGAGGACGGACCCAAACAGCAGCCCCAGGUCACGUCUCUAUUCUCCAGACUACAAGUCCUGAUAAAGCUCUCUGUCUGGUCUCUGUUCUUCAAAAGUAGAACACCACAGGCCAUUAAAGCAUAGUGAAUGUGCCUCUGUCCCUCAGUAUGAAUGCUGUGGGAUGUGACUGCAGAAUCUGUUUCACUCUAUUGUCUUCAUAAUAUGUUGGCACAGAUACUUAAACUUAAUUUUCAGAAUAGCAGAGCAGUUAAGAGCUGCUGCGAGAUAACAGGGCUAUUUUUCUUUUUGUUUUUUUUGUGUGGAAACAGAUCUAUAUGUAUGUGUGUCUUUUGCCAUGGAAAUAUCUUUUAUUCAAAACCGCUGUUAUUAACUGACAUCUUAAAAAAAAUCCACUAGUUUGUGCUUUAAAUAAGGUUGCUUUUUGUGUUUGUUCACCUAUUAUUUGUGUGCUACUUAUACAUCUGACAUGUGAAAUUCAGUAUCUCAGGAGGAACCUCAUUCUUGUAUGAUGAAAAGCAAACGUUAACUUGAAACAUUUUAUUUUUAUGAGCAGGAAACGUCCUUUGUUUCGUUGUAGCUAAUAGAUUUUGUGAAAAUGCUGUCUACUGAAACAUCCUCCUCAAUGGUAUCAAAUGUGCAUAACCCUAACCAGGAAAAGGUUGAUUUCUGUACUGUGCAUUUAACUUCCUCAUUAUUCAACAUGACAGCAUGCAGCUCCUGUGUAUUUCAUUAAUGUGAAACCGUUAAAGAUUGUGAACCAUCAUUCAGUGUUUUUUAUCCCGGUGUUGCUUCAGCGCAGGAAGAAUCAAAUGUGAUCCGGUCUCUGAAUAUGUAACGUUUCUGUUCCAGUUUGUUUUUACCCGACCAACUUUUCGGGAGAAGAUUAAUGUAGCACUGUCGAAUUGCAGAAAAGAGUGUGACUUUGUUUUAAUUAAAUAAGAUAUUUUUGUAUUUGAAGAAAAAAUGUUGACAAGGAAUUGUAUUUAUGUUAGCUAGUGAAAUGAAGUGUUACUAUAAGAGGAGUAUAUGUGAUGAUCAAAUGGCUUCUUUGCUGUUGUUGUUAUUCAUGCCUUACAGUCAUAUCUGAACAGCUUUCAGCACAUAAUACAGACGCAUUUAUUUGCUUGUGUGAACAUGCUCUUGCCUUUUGCUAAUUAAAGUUUGUACUUUUCACGUUCA